AUGGCUGAAUAUAAUUUAUCAUCAACACUAUUAAAUGAAAUACAAAAUCACGAUGAUCUUGAAGUUGUUUGGCUUUAUUCAGGUGAUUAUAUUUCCAAUAAAGUUGAAAAUUUUGGGGAAUACUUCAAGACAUUUAAAUCAGCUGAAGAAUGUGAAAAUUAUAUUGAAAAGAUUGAAAGUGAACGUAAAAUAUUGCUUGUUUUAAUCGAUUCAUCUAUAUAUGUAUCUUAUUUUAAUGAUUUUCCACAAAUCCAAUCGAUUUAUGUUUUGGAAAGAAAUAUGAAAUAUGAAAAAGAAGAUUUUUCUAAAGUAAUUGAUAUAUUUCCUGAUGAACAUAUAUUAAUCAAACAAAUACGUCAAGAUAUUCUAUUAACAUUUCGAAAUAAUUUUCCUAAUUCUAUAUCUUGUGUAAAAGAUAUGACAGUUGAACAAUCAUUUACAAAUUUAUAUGUAACUGAGUUGAAUUUUUUAUGGAAUUUUACAUUAAUUAAUUAUCUAAUUAAUUAUCCUCAGGCAGAUAUGGAUCGAUUAAAAACAGAUAUGAUAAAUCAAUGUCAAUUAGAAUAUGAAAAUAGUUCAAUUCAAAUAUCACAUAUUAAUGAUUUUGCUAAGAAUUGUACGGAUAAGAAUGUGUUAAAUUGGUAUACAAAAAAUGUAUUUGCCUAUCGAGUUGUAAAUAGAGCAUUUCGAUCACGAAAUAUCGAUUUAAUUUAUAAAUAUCAAUAUUUCAUUAUACUCUUAUAUAAGAAAUUAAAAGAACUUUCAUUAGAGCAACAACAAAGAAAUUAUAAAAAAGUUUAUCGAGGACAACUUAUAAUGGAAAAUGAGCUAAACAUUAUUAAAUCAAAUGUUGGACAUUUCAUAUCAAUAAAUACAAUUAUGUCAACAACUCGUAAUGAACAAGUUGCUCGUCAAUUUAUACUUGAUGCAAAACUUGGUGUAAUUAUCGAAAUUGAUAUUACUAAUGCUAGCAAUGAUACAUUAUAUCCAUUUGCUGAUAUUUCUAAACAUAGUUCAAUGGAAGAUGAAGAAGAAACAUUGUUUUUUUCUGGUGCAAUUUUUCAUAUUGAUUCUGUUAAACAAGAAAAUGAUUCAGUAUGGAUUAUUAAAUUGACUUUAAAAAAUGGCGAGUCUAUUGAUAUUGAAAAAUUUCUUGUUCUUUAUAUACUUAUUGGUAAUAAUUAUUACCAUUUAUUCAAUUAUGAUAAAGCUUUAGAUUACUAUAAUACUGUAAUUGAAUUAUUAAAUGAUUCAAAUAAAUUAAUAGGUUCAAAUAGAUUAAUAGAACAAGCAAAUGAAUUCGAUCAAGGUUUUCCACAAUUAUCGCAUUUAUAUAAUGAAAGAUUUGUGAAUUAUGCUCGAAAUCGAGCAGAUAUUCAUUUGAACCUUUCACCACCUCAGCAAGCAGAUAGAUUAUAUUCAAUAGGUGUAUAUCUAAUUAAGACAAAUGAUUAUAAUCAAGCAUUAGAAAAACUUUUACAGGCAAAGGAAUUAUUCGAAAAACAUUUAUCAUUAAAUGAUUUUCCUGAGAAAUUUGGUAAACUCUAUAAAAAAAAUUGCUUUAGUUUAUUUACAAUUAAAGAAUUAUUUUCAAGCAUUGGUUAUGUGGAAGAAAGCUAUUGA